AUGACCACAUUAUUGUCAAGAAAUAUAACAAAAUUCAAAACAAACUCUUCAAACAUUCGAAUAUAUCACAAUGGUCAAUAUCCAUUAGAAGACAUUGCCAAUGUUCUUUAUUCUGUCUUUCAUUUAUAUUCUUCAUAUGAGAGCAUUAUUGAAAUGAUAAAUAUAUCUGAUCAUAUUUUUUUUGCAUACGAUCAAAUUCAACAUCGUUGUGUUGCUGGUGCCAUUCUCAGUAAUAGUAAUCCAAAAGGAGGUCUUUAUUUAAAAUUAUUCGGCGUGAGAAAGUCAAGUCAACAUCGUGGAUUAGGUACAAAACUAUUAACAGCAAUUAUUCAAUGGGCAUAUCAAACAAGACAUAAAUUUAUUUAUUUACAUGUGCACGUUAAAAAUUUCAAAGCCAUUGGUCUAUACGAAAAGGUUGGUUUUCGUAAAGUUGAAUAUAUACCUGAUUAUUAUAAUCAGACACCAAAAGAUAAACCUGAUGCAUUUCGAAUGACUUUGAUAUUACGAUAA